UGUGAAUGAGCGUAGAAAUUCAAUAACUAUAGUUCAUCAGUAAACUCUACCGGCUUCGAUAUUUGUUAUCCACGUAUGAAAAUUCCACUUGAGGCUAACUUCAAGCGUCUAUUCCUAGUCUACAAACAUUACUUCAUCGAUUAAUCGAAUAUUGUGAUUCAUUCAAGUGUAGGGCGUUUCAUGUGGAUUGUAUACACAUAUAUUGAUUCACGCAGGUUCGGCUACCUAAAAUCAAAAAGGGUGUAGUGUUGAUACUGCAGACAACUGCGCGGGAGAUAUCACGAUUUGUGCAACAUUCGCAAUUUGUAAAAGGAAGCCUUUUGUUAGCAGCCUGUAUCCUUAUCCUAAUAACAAUGGCCAAGGCAAACGAUAACACUCAAGCACUUCGUGCUGUUUCAGAAAGCACAAAUCAAUUUUCUUCUUCAUUCUUUAAGAGUGUUGCAGAAGAAAAAUCAGACAAUCUUAUAAUGUCUCCUCUAAGUGCUGCUGUUGUUCUUGCAAUGGCUGCUUAUGGAGCUCGUGGAGAAACAGAGAACCAAUUUAGAAAACUGCUUCAUCUACCAUCUCCAGAUAGCUUUGGUACAUCUGGUUAUCAGAUGCUCAUUGAUAAUCUAAAUAAUGUUGAAGAAAAUAAACUCGUUCUUGCAAACAAAGUUUUCUCAGCUGAGCAGUUUGGUAUAAAACGAAGUUAUAAAGAUUUGACAGAAAAUUAUUUCCGUUCUGUUACUCAAUUAGUAAACUUUUCAAAAUCUGAGGAGGCUGCAAAUAUUAUUAAUACAUGGGUUGAACAAACUACAAAUAAUCUCAUUAAAAACCUCAUUUCUCCUGGGGAUGUAGAUAGCACGACAUCACUUGUACUUGUUAAUGCAGUAUAUUUUAAGGGUCAGUGGAAAAAUAAGUUUAACCCUCGUUUGACUCACGAUAUGCCAUUCCACAUUAAUAAGAAUACAGUAAAAAAUAUUCCCACAAUGUAUAGACAAGGUACCUACAACUAUGGUGAAAUCCCAGACAUGAAUGCCAAAUUUAUUGAAAUACCAUACAAGGGAGAUGAAUUAAGUAUAGUCAUAAUUCUUCCAAAUGAAAUUGAUGGUUUAGCUGCAGUUGAAAAAAAAUUAGAAAAUUCAAGCAUAUCCGAAAUUUUAAGACAUGGAUUUAGUCGUGAUGUAAAUUUAUAUUUACCAAAGUUUAAAGUGGAAAGUACAAUACCUCUGAAUAGCAUUUUACAAAAGAUGGGUUUAACUGAUGCAUUUACGACACGUGCUAACUUUUCUGGUAUUGCCGACGCUAGAUUACUUAUUUCGAAGGUUAUACAAAAGGCAUUUAUUGAAGUAAAUGAAGAAGGUAGCGAAGCUGCAGCUGCUACUGAGCUGGAGGUAGUACUCUUGUCGGCACCCUUAGAUCCAAAUGAAAUUAUGAUAAAUCAUCCGUUUUACUACAGCAUCGUGAAAACAUUUCACGAUAAAGAAGCUAAUGUUCGUAAUGUAGAAACGAUUUUCGCUGGACACGUUUGUGAACCUCAACUCUAAAUAAAUGUAAUAGCUUUCCGUAUAAUCAAAAACAAAAUACUAUUUUAU